CUGGACGAGCUCCGCGAGCAAACCCUAAGUCCCGCUCCAGUCAAUCCCGGCGAUGUCGUCGCCCUCCGAUCCUUGAUGGAGCUCAAGGUCAAAUCCCGCAAGCUCCCGGAAGCCAUCUCCAUCGCCGAUCAACUUAUCGCCCUCGAGCCCGAAGAAAAUGACCUCCCCCUUCUCAAAGCUCACCUCCAGAGCUACAGCGGGGAGCUCGAGGCUGCAAAAUUAGGGUUUGAAGAGAUUUUAUCGAAAAACCCUUAUCUUGUCGAAGCUUACCAUGGGCUUAUUAUGAUGGCAUCCCAAUCUGGGGCUAAUGGCGAACUGAAUGAAAUUUUGAAGAGGGUAGAGACUGCAAUGGUGGCUUGUAAGAAGGAGAAGAGGAAAGAGGAGUUGAAGGAUUUUAAGCUGUUGUUUGCUCAGGUUCGGGUUAUUGAAGGGAAAUAUGCGGAGGCUUUGGAGAUAUAUGAGGAGUUGGUAAAGGAGGAACCGAGGGAUUUUAGGCCGUACUUGUGUCAAGGGAUUAUAUAUACUUUGUUGAGAAAGAAGGAUGAGGCAGAGAAGCAGUUUGCAAAGUAUAGAAAGCUGGUGCCUAAGGGGCAUCCUUAUGCUGAGUUCUUUGAUCAUAAUAUGAACAUGAUGAAGGAUUUUUCGCCCGUGCAGUAGAGGGGACGAGUGGAGAGCUUCCUCUGGGGAGGUAGAAUUUUGAGGAUUCUGCUUCUAGUCCAACUGGCUUCGGGGAAAUUCUGGACUUUUUUUUCGUCCUAUUUAGUUAAGUCAUAAGUAAACUGGGAUUCUACUGAACCCAGCUCACAGCUGAACGACCGGAACCUUAUUUUGAUCAUAAGAUGGAAACAACAUAGCCACCUGGGUUGGAGUAGUAAACCUUAUUUUGAGCAUUCAACGUCCAAAUGACGAAAGCAAUGUCUUCCUGUUAUUUUUCUCUAGUAAUAAUGAAUGGGCCUUUUUUUUGUCUCAAGAACAAUUCGAUGAUCUUUCUGAAAGUUAUUGUUGUUCAAGGGUGUAGCGUUUGAUCCUGUUGCCGGUUGGUUCCAAAGUUUUUAGUAGCUUCAGUUUAUACAUGCACCCUUUUGGAAUUUUGUUAUGCCGAGCCCUUGCAAGAGGUAUUGUUCUGGGCUUUCCGCAUGUUGUAUGAUGAUGAUUGUUUAUACUAGCAAGUCAGGGUGACCAUGACUCAUACUAUAUUUGUGUUAAAGGCUGUUGUUAUCUUGAAAAA